ACGUGUACACAUUGUGUACACAUACCGAAUAGUAUAUAUUCUUUAAAGAUUAUUGUUAGCGGGAGAGACAGGUUAGAGGGGGGAGCUAUAAGAGAGAGAGACGAUAAUCAACCAGCAUUAUUAUUUAACAUCAACACAGGCAGACACAAGUGACAAACACACACAGAGGAGGGGAUUGUAGGAGAUUAGGCUGAGCUGUGUGUUGUUUUUUUUAGACCCUGCAAAAGCAGUGUGGGAUGUUUGUCAAGCAGUCCUCUCAUUUAGGAAGAGCAGAAAUCCAGAAGGGGACAUUUCACUUUUCUGAGCGAAAAGAGCUAGGGCAAUUUAUUUCUUCCCGAAGAGUCUUGUAAAAGAGAAUUUGAGGAAGAUAAGGUUUGGACGGAUCAGUUUAAAGUAGACCCAGGUGGAAUGCAACUGGCAGGGAAAAAAGCUUUGCACUGAAGGGGAAGAGACUCGGGUUGCUGUUCACCUUUUUAUUGGAGUGGACUAUUCAGUUUGGAAGUGCCAUUUUCGGGAAAUGGGGAUUGCCUGAGUAAUUUACCCGAAUUCAGAGUUGUGACUUCCAACAGAUGAAAGCCCAAUUUAAAUUAUCUGUUAUAUCAGAGAAGACAUUUCGAGCAUUGCAUAUUGGAGCAGGACCAACAUUAAUUUAAGGGCCGUUCAGAGGGGCGGGGUGGGGGGCCACACACUCCUUCAGGAACCCAAGAAGCGCUGGACAAGAUGAGCUCCAGACCCCGCCCGGGCCUCGCUCUGCUGCUGCUCUGCUUCCUCCUGCCGGGGUCCGAACAGAUCUGCCCCUCCGUGUGCAUGUGCACCGCGGACACGCUGAGCUGCGCCUCCAGCGGCCUCAGCCGGCUCCCUCGCAACAUGCCGUCCUCCCCGCUCACCUUGGACCUCAGCUUCAACCAUAUGAGCAUGCUGGUGCCCAGAGGCUUCGCCAGCAUGCCCAGGCUGGAGACCCUGCGGAUCACCCACAAUCAGCUCACCUCGCUGGGUCCCGACGUCUUCUACAACGCCUCGGGCCUGCGCCACCUGGACCUGUCCUCCAACAAGCUGCGUGUGAUGGAGCAGCACUACUUCCAGGGCCUGUGGCGGCUGGAAGAGCUGGUCCUCUUCAACAACCAGAUCACCCAGGUGGAGGGCGCCACGCUCAACGGGCUGAGAAGCCUAAAGAAGGUCUACUUCAGCCUCAACCAGAUCACAGACUUCCCGUUCUUCUCCAUCCGGGAGCACAGUCACCCCUUCCUGACCAUGCUGGACCUCUCGUCCAAUCGGCUGGCCACGCUGCCGUGGGAGGACGUGAAGGCCCUGCCCAGGACGGUGCAGCGGGGGCUCUUCCUCCACAACAACACGCUGCUGUGCGACUGCUCCAUGUACGGCAUGUUCUGGCACUGGGAGAUGAAGGGCUUCGACUCCCUGAAGGACUUCUACGAGGACUACAUGUGCACGGUGCGCGGCGACUCCCGCUCCAUCAUCCACUUCCUCCGGCAAAGGCGUGUCUUCCAGAACUGCACCGUGGGCAAGUCGCAGUCCCUGCAGGCGACCGUCCUGCUCUCCAACCUGGUGAUAUUCGAGGGGGAGCGGGCGAGUAUGGACUGCUACACGUCCCUCGGCACCAAGGACCCCUGGUACGUGUGGCUCACCCCCGGCCAGGGCUACAUGAACCAAAGUGCCACUAACGACAGCCUCAUCAGCGUGUUCGCCAACGGCACCCUGGAGAUCCCGGCGGCCAGGCUCAACGACUCGGGCCUGUACGUGUGCACGGCGGUGGACCAGCAGCAGAUGGUGAACGCCACGCGCGAGUUCAACCUGACGGUGGUGCGGCCGCCGGCCGAGACCUUCAGCACGGGCUACACCACGCUGCUGGGCUGCGCCGUGACCACCGUGCUCAUCCUCAUGUACCUCUACCUGACGCCGUGCCAGUGCGGCUGCUGCAGCCCGCCGGGCCCCCCCGCCGACCCCGUCUCCGUCUACAGCCCGGUGGCGUACGGCGGCGUGCCCCCCGCGGGCGGCCCGGAGGAGCAGGGGCUGCAGCGGGUGCAGAGCCGGCGCGUGGCGUUCCUGGAGCCGCUGAUGAUCGAGCAGAACCAGAACGGACGCACCAAGGGGAACGAGACCACGCUUCCGGUUCAGUGGUGCUGGGACAACGCCGUGAUGAACGAGACCGCCUUUUUGGACGGGGUCCUUAAGGUCUGAGGAGGAGGAGGAUGGUGACCAUCGCAUGAUUGCAAACGAAUACUGUGAAAGUACUCUAAAACAAUGCAUUCAGCUGUACUCACAGGGUUCUGGAGCGACAAGGCUUUGGCAUUUGGAUGUCCUGCCCAGUGGGUGGACAUGAAGAAACAACAGAAGAACCCUUCCAUAUAAAAACAGAAAACUGUUGAACAAGGACUACACCAAUACAAAACACUUUGUUUUGUUUUGUACUGAGAAUGAUUAUCCAAGCAAUUUUUCACAUUUUGAUUGCACUGGAUAUAAAAACCCUUCAGAAGCCAUAAAAGAUUGUGUUAGAUUAUCUUUCAAAAGUGUACUUUGUGUAUCCAUAUUCAGUAAUUCACCAACUCUGUACAAGCCAAUAGCAAAAUUCCUAGUGUUGAUAUGAAAUGUUGCUUGAUGAGAUUAGCAUCAAAACCCUAACCGGAACCUUUUUAUGUUCUGUUUCAUACGUCCCAAAUAAACAUUGUUGAAAGAUGAAUGCAAAA